AGGGGGUGGAAAGUUGCCUAUGAAAUAAAUGUGCAGAAGAUCUCCAGCUGAACACAAGUAAGGAGCAGAGACUGCAAACUGGCUGUUUGUGCACCAGGCUGGGAGUGAUUGUCAUUCUACUACACUAUAAGAUUUUAUUACACAAUAUUUUAAGAGACAAGCUAAAGGACUGUACACAAGCUACAACUAAAGAGAGGAUUUGCAAACGGAAAACCACUCUGCAAGGACUUGCUCUGACUUUGCAAUGCACUGCAGACUGUGCAACCUACACUAAAGGGACUUUGUACUUUGCCUGGGAUCUGUAAACGGGACACAACUCCUGAGCUGUCACCGUGCAGUGUGCAAAACUGGGCAGCCUGGAUCUAAAGAAAAUCGUCUCUAGCUGUAACUCCAGCAUGCAGAAUUAUAAAUAUGACAAAGCGAUGGUCCCAGAGACCAGGAAUGGAGGAAGCUCUGCUCUGAACAAUAACAAUGGGACUUCUGGCAACUGCAAGAGGGUGAUGCUCAUCUUACUGGAUAUAUUCUGCCUGAUAUUGGCUGCCCUCCCUUUCCUGAUAAUUGAAACUAGCACAAUCGAGCCGUAUCACCGGGGCUUUUACUGUCAUGAUGAGAGUAUCAAGUAUCCUUCCAAAUCCGGGGAAACAAUUACUGAUGCUGUUCUGUCUGCUGUUGGCAUUUUAAUUGCCAUUCUUGCUAUAAUAGUUGGGGAAUUUUUCCGAAUUCAUUACUUGAAAGAGAAGUCUCAUUCAUUUAUCAAGAACCCGUAUGUUGCAGCUCUUUACAAGCAAGUUGGAUGCUUUAUAUUCGGUUGUGCAGUCAGCCAGUCCUUUACAGACAUUGCUAAAGUUUCUAUUGGUCGUUUACGUCCGCAUUUCCUGGCAGUUUGUGAUCCAGAUUUUACCUUAAUCAACUGUACUGCAGGUUAUAUUGAGAAUUACCAAUGCAGAGGAUUGCCAAGCAAAGUCAUGGAAGCCAGAAAAUCAUUUUUCUCCGGUCACGCCUCCUUUUCCAUGUAUACCAUGCUCUAUUUAGUGUUUUAUCUGCAGUCCCGUUUUACCUGGAAGGGCGCUCGCCUCUUACGCCCACUUCUGCAAUUCACUCUGCUCAUGAUGUCAUUUUACACAGGACUAUCUAGAGUGUCUGAUCACAAACACCACCCGUCUGACGUACUGGCAGGCUUUGCACAAGGGGCCCUGGUGGCUUAUUGCAUUGUCUUUUACGUGUCAGACCUCUUCAAGACUCAAAAGAAAACCUGCGUACCACCACCAAUCAGAAGAGAAGUUCACUCACCCUGUGGAUAA